AUGAUCGAAACGCAAAAGCAUUCGACAAAAUAUUUCUUGUUUUUUCCUUUCAUUAUCUCCAUUCUCAUUUAUCUAGUUUGGUUCAAAGUUCUUCAUCAAAGACAGGUUACUCUGAUUGAAAACAUCAAUGUGCUGAACGAAAAGAUUAGCAAUAUCGAAAAAAGUCUCGAAAAAUAUGCACAGAAAUUCGGAAACUUCGAUAAUAACGACUUUUUCGUCACUGAAGUGAUCAACAUCAAACUAUUUGAAAAAAAACGUAUUCUAUUGCAGCCAAAACACUAUAUCGACACGCCGAGCCCAUUCCCAAGAAUGGUUUCCGACGGAAUUCUUCCAAUUGAAAACAGCAAAGUUGUAGCAGUUCUGAUCGAAUCCACGAAUCAGAAUGAUACAGAAAGAUUGGUGAAUUCAAUCGUCUCUCAACGAAAAUCUAUUAAAGAUUUGGAGAUUUUCUUGUUCACACCAACUGACGAAUCAGGAGUCUCUUUCGAAAUGUUGAAAACCUGGGCAAAUUCGAUUCCAGGAGUUAACCCAAUUAAUGAAACGAAGAGGAGUACUGCUCUCGACGAUGUAAUCUCCAAACAUGGUAAAUUGUAUGCUAUUACAAUCAUAGAUCACAAACACAUUGGCGACGACUUUGCUGAUUUCUAUUACGUUGGUAAACUUGCUAUGGAAGCUGACGAAAAUAUCUCCGGAGUUUGUGGAGAAAGUAAUGGCAUUUGGCAAGAUAGAACAAUGGGAGAUGUUCUUUGGUUGUCGGAUACUGAGUGUGAAAGUGGUGCCAUGAUUCAUCCUGAACUCAAAUCGUAUUCUGAAUCUCCAGUGGUAAUCCGUCCUGAAAUGGCAAGAAUCGGAAAUUCGGAAAAGGCAGUUACGGAGGAAAGCUCUUGGAAUAUAGAUAAAUUCUAUCCCGACAUGAUCACAACAGGAUCAUUUGAUAUCCGAUUGAACCUAGAUUUGGAAAGAGCCGACAGAAAAAUGAAAGCUGAUUGGAGACUUCUUGAAACAUUCAACUGUAAGAAUACAAUCUACACAUUCCCGUAUGAAAAUGAUAAGGAUUUGGAAACGUUUUUCCCUAAUUCCAAGGCCGAAAAUCUUCACAAAUAUCGAGGAAUCCUAUCUAUCAGCAUUGCUGAGCAUCAGUGCAGAGCGUACAUCGUUCCGCAACACUUUUAUGAUAAACAAGUCAUUGAGCUUGUUUAA